GCAGGUGCUUCGGCAGGGCUCUUCUGCACACCCAGAUACCUGGGGCUUCAACCUAUCCAGCCUCCCUUGACCGAAUUGCUGGGGAGCCGGGCGUCAGGGGGCGCCAAGGAGCCGGGGGGAAAACCGUAAGGCGCUGGCUUGGAGCCUCCAGGCGGUGGCACCCCCACCUCCCACCUCCCCGCGCCCCGCCCAGAGGUUGGGGCUCUGGAAGAUGCUGCCGGAUUCUCAACCAAACUGAGAACACAUAAACGAAAAGGAAAUUGAAGUCCCAACUUUAUUCAGGAUAUUGCUAAAACAACUUGGAAACUGAAAAUGUGUUUUGAUGUCAUUUGGAAAUGGAGUAAAAAAUGAAAAACAUUAACCUUGGGGAUCCGUCAAGAAUAGUACCAUCUACAUGGACAUUCCCUUCUACAGUUUCAAAAAUCUUUGAUAAUUAGUUGAGAAAAUGCAGAAGAUCUUGCAAACAGAUGAAAUUACCAAUACCCAAACUCUUAGAAAAGGAAAAAGGAAAAGGACAGAGACAAUGGACUCAGAGAAUGCAAAUAGUGACAUGGAUAAAGGACAGAGAGACCCAUUUUCGGGAAAUGCUUUUCUGCCCGGUGAGAGCUCCAGUGAGGAUGAAGAACCUUUAGCAGAGUUGUCGAAAGAGCAAUUAUGCAAGAAAAUAAAAAACCUGAAACAAAAAUUAACAAAUACCCGGAAAGAAAACAGCCGACUUCGACAGUCUUUGGUCAUGCUUCAAGUGUUACCACAGGCAGUCACCCAGUUCGAGGAAUUGGUUGGGAUGGCGGAGGCCCUCCUUAAGGGUGGAGGACCCAUGUCAACAACUGCAUCCACCCUCUGGAGAGCAACAAACAACUCCUCACCAGAUUCAUUUGCCUCAACGUGCAGUAAUUCUAAUUCUAAUUCCAGUUCACCCAUUUCCCUGAAAGCUGAAGAAGAGCAUCAUACUGACGAAAAACAGUUCAAGAUUGAAAAAUGGCAGAUUGCCCGUUGUAACAAGAGCAAACCUCAGAAGUUUAUUAAUGAUUUAAUGCAAGUACUUUACACAAAUGAAUACAUGGCCACACACAGCCUGACGGGGGCAAAAUCCUCUACUUCAAGGGACAAGGCUGUAAAACCAGCUAUGAAUCAGAAUGAAGUUCAAGAAAUUAUAGGAGUCACAAAACAGAUAUUUCCCACCACAGAUGAUGUUUCAAUUAGGAGAAUGAUAGGACAAAAGCUAAACAACUGUACCAAGAAGCCAAAUCUAAGCAAAAAUCCUAACUCUCAGGAUAUUAAGUAGUUCCUUUUGAUAACAGAGGUACCUGAAACAAAGUACCCUUGGUUCAAUACCGACAUUGGAUUUUGUUGGAAAAUCCGCAACCUCCCCAUCCCUGAGCAGAGAGACAAUGACAGCCUGUGAGACAUCUGUGACAUCACUGAGCUCUUCGGAUGGAGCAACAAGCUUGCUGAAGAAGCUGCAUGUAGAUUCCACCCUAAAUUCCAGUCAAACAAGCAUGCAGAAUGGUUUCUUUGGAAAUAUGCAUUUCCCCACCCCAAAAUGCUUUUCUAGAGCUAACUUAAUGGGAUAGUCAGAAUUUUUAUCAUAGCAACAAUAACAUCAGUCCCUGAAAUCCACCAUUUUUUUAAGCAAGCAUACAUUUAUUAUUACCAGUAACUCCCUAUAUGAAAUUUUGGAUUUUCAGAAUAAGAACACAUUUGGAAAGGUAACAGUGAAAUAAUCAAUGUCCACAGACAUAGGAGCAGGAAAGUUAGCCUAAAAUCUAAUAAUCAUGGCUAACCAAGUAAGAAUGUUUUAGCAAUAAAGUGAAAUUAUUCUGUUAUCUAAAAAUGUAUAAAGACUGAAAGAAAUGAGAGCAGCAAGACAUUUUCUUUUUAAUAUUGAACUAUUCUGCCAAACUCUGAAAAAUAAAUAAACCCAAUUUGCAAUUGUUAAAACAAUGUAUUGACUUUCAGAAAAAUCUUUGUUUCCUUUUCAUGCUUCUAAUAUUUUAUUGCCCAAAGUAUAUCAAAUAAGAUAUGCGAUAUAAAAUAUCAAUAUCAUCCAAAACAUCCUAUAUUAGCCAUAACAUUCUAUGCAUUUGGUUGAUUAUAUUGUUACACUGCUUAGUUCUAGUUCUCAGCUGAUUUUUAUUCCUUCUGAUUUUCUGAAAUAUGCUUUUUAUAGAUGUUAUAGGUACCUGAAGCAAAUUACCCCCAGUUCAAAAUCUAACAUUGGAUAUUGUGACAGAAGAAAGAAAAAGAAGAUAAAAUUAUUUGGGCUUAAUAAACAUACAAAAAGAAAAAUACCAUUUGUAAAUGAAUGAAAAUAAAGCAUUCUUCAUCAUGAGACUUCCUUCUCUGAUUUCAGAGCAUCAUAUAUGGCUACUCUGCAGUAGUACCAAGCCUUGCUUCUUCAGUGUAUAAGGACAUAUUUAAGCUUGGGAGAGAGGAUAAUCAUAAAGUUCAGCUCUGUGGACCCAGGGAGUAUUCCAUAAGUGUUGCUUGAUAACAACGUUGUACAAAAUAAAUAUUCUUAAGGAAAUAAUUUAUGUUGACAUUUACUACUUAAAUAUAAAUAAA